AUCAACUGGAUGAUCGUGACUUAACGGAAGGUUACUUCCAGUAAGAUGGAGCAACGUGUCACACAUCGGCAAGCAGCAUGACAGAAAUUGAGUCUUUCUUCAGCAACAGGAUAAAAAUCCAGAUGAUUUGGACAUAAAAACACAACAAGAUUUACAGCUUUCAUCUCAGUCUGCCCCCACAAGUGGUCUGACACAAAUGGAACCACAUGCUACAUGCGGACACGAGAGCGGGACAACUGUAAGUGAGGAGACUUCAGGUGGUCAAAGCAUUAUGACUGGACGGACUCCCAAAGAAGCAGAAGACUCCCCAGAGACAGACAUCAAGGAAUAUGACGAGAUGUUCAGUUCUGCCAAAAAGCACAUUGAACAUGUGUAUCAACACACUCAUGGGUUCAAAGAGAGCCUGAAGAACGAGAUUGAGAGCGCCAAGGAAGAAAUCCGUGAUUGGUCUGGUGAUCCACUGACAAAACGCUUGUUGUAUUUUAUGCAGGUUGCCUUUGAUUAUUUCAUAAAUUUCUUACUUGAGUCUCUUUCAAAAAAUCUGGGUGAUGUAAAGAAGAUACAGAUAAAGUUUGAGAAGAUACUGCAAGAUAAAAAUCCAGAUGAUUUGGACAUAAAAACACAACAAGAUUUACAGCUUUCAUCUCAGUCUGCCCCCACAAGUGGUCUGACACAAAUGGAACCACAUGCUACAUGCGGACACGAGAGCGGGACAACUGUAAGUGAGGAGACUUCAGGUGGUCAAAGCAUUAUGACUGGACGGACUCCCAAAGAAGCAGAAGACUCCCCAGAGACAAACGUCAAGGAAUAUAACGAGAUGUUCAGUUCUGCCAUAAAGCACAUUGAAUACUUUCUUCAACAUAAUGAAUUGCUCAAAGAGUCCCUGAAGAACAAGAUUGAGACUGUCAAGAGAGAAAUUCAUGAUCAUCCAGCUUACUCACAAACAGAAGACCACUUGCUGUGCAUUCAGGUAACAUAAACUCCUUCUGAGGAAAUCCAGUGAUGGCUAUACUCCUCUUUCACCAGCCAUGCAUGCUAUGGACAUUUGGUGUCUGCUUAUGUAUUGUGACUUUUAGACAGGUACAGAUUCAAAUCAGAGUAGAGCGUUUUCACUCUACUCACACAAAACUGAACAGAUCUGUGGCCAUACUUUGGUCACAUAUGCUUCUUCUUUUCUGGUCUUGUCAUUUCGAAAAUAUUUUGAAAUUUUAAAAUCUCCUUUAAUAUUUCCAUUAAUAAAAGUGCUCUCCAUCUAAUCGAUGCGCCAAGCAGCAGCCCUA